UGAACCGCGAGCCACGGUGCGAGACGGACGUGUCGUGUAACGCAUCAAUUGAAUGCUAAUUACUAUUAAUUGGUGUUACAUUCGACGCUGUGUGAGAUCGCGUACAAAACUUCAACAAGUUAUAUUGCAAAUAGAAAACGUUUCGCUUUCACGGCUGUUUUAGCUUUUGUUAGCAAGGACAGUGUUUUGAAAGUUUUACUAGCAGGAUAGAAAUAAAGUGUCUUAUAAAUUGGUGUGUUACGGCAUUGCUGUAUCGCGUGCUAACGGAUCGAUCAGUGGAUUUCCUGAUCCACUAAUCAACAUAUAAUUUGAUAUUCAACAAUGACAUAGGAGCCUAACAAUGGCGCUAAGAUUGAAAAAGGAUAUAAAAAAGGCCUCGUACUACGUGUGGUUCCUGGGAGCACAGGAGUCGCGCGGGCUGCGGGGCGAGGAGUUUGCGCUCCCAGCUAUACGAGUGCUGGAGGAAAGAGCCAGAGACUUGGAGCCUUUUAAAGUAACUCUACAGGUAUCGCACAAAGGUCUGAAGAUAAUCCAGAAUGUGAGUGCGAAGGGCAAACAACAGACGAUCAAGCACUUCAUUCCUCACGGUAGCAUUACGAGUGCUGUGGUACAAGGCGAUGUAGUUGCCUGCGUUCUGCUAUUAUACAACCCCAUCACUGGCUGUCCAGUACACGUGCAUGCAUACAGAUGCGAUUCGGAUCAUACAGCUGAGAUGUUGUACACGCAUCUACAAGCCUUAAUAGAGAGACCAGAGAACCAGAAGAAGUUUGCAGAUAUCGAAAGGAAAUUACAAAUGCGCGGAGCUCUCCCUUCAAAGAAGCCUCCAGACUCCUCUCUUGGUAGCGAAGUAUCCAGAGAAUCAGACUCCGGGAGUAACGAGGAACGAUGUGUGGCGAAUCUAUACGACAGUUUAGCAGCCGAAUUGAAACAGAAAUUGUCUACAGGUAAAAAGGGUCUAGGCAAAAGUCCAAUCCUACUUCCACCUAGAGACUACGACACGGUGCAUCGUCAGAAAGGCAACCUCAGUAAUAUAGACACACGGCGUUGCCUCAAUCAGAACAUAGUUGGAGUAAACGCGAGACGUAAGCUGGAGUCGUCGGGAGGCAGUUCUGGUAUCGGCAGUGAUCUCGCGCCCUCACCUGAGAGGAAUGAUUACGCCAGACAACACGAUAACCAUAGCACUAGUGAGGAGGACUGGGCGGAGAGCACGGCGUACAUGAUGCACGAGGCAUUCGAGGCGUCUCCCCCGCGCCGCGCCGCGUCGCCACCUCGUGCCGCCUCACCCCCGCGCCGAGCGCUCUCCCCGCGCGGCUACGAUCGUGCCUACAACGACGACUACCUGCCGCCCGUCGAGCCUUACCGCGACCAACUUGCGCCCUUCCGCGACGCCACCUUCGAACGCCGCUUCCGCCACGAGUCCCUCGAACGCGGCACUAAGGAGAAGCCCGACAAAUUCCUCGAGGAUGGAACCGGCUACAGGCGGCGGUACGUGCCCGAAGCCAAGCCCUCCAAUCGGAGCAUAGACCGGGGUGACGACCGACGGUUCGGCAAACUGCAGCGCGGUGCCAGCGAGGGCAGUCUCAAACUCGCCGAGACCUCACCGAAGGACCGUUUCAACGUCGCCAAGGAGAAGUUCAUGAACCUGGAAAGGGAGAGAUUCAACAGGGAGCUGGAGCAGCAUAUGGCCAUGAGGAGGAGCAUGCUCGAAAGGAAUAGUCGCUCGACUUCUUCCCCCGAGGAAGAGAGACGGGACGAGCGGCAGGAGCGCCAUCGAGAGCUGAGCUCCCGACGAGAACCUGACCGUUCUCAUCGGGAUAUCGAGCGCUCUCACCGCGACACGGAUCGGCGCAAGGACAUAGAGCGCGUGCGAGACGUCGACCCAGCGGACCUCGGCCACAGGGAGAUAGAGAGGUUGCCGCGCGUAGGCCGCAAGCGGGACGAGAAGCGGUACGAAUACGGCGCGGAGGACUACCUGAACAGGAUCGAGCCGAAGCCGGAGCGCGAUUUCGAUCGGUACAGGGAGCGGCGGGAGCUGGACCGGCGCAUAGACGAGGACGAGAUCGAGCCGGUGCUGGAGGAGCGGCGUCGGGAGUGGACGGACCGGCAGCGCGCUUUCAGUCGCUCCCGGCUGCUGGACGAGCAGCGCGUGGCUUACCCCGAGGGCGACAGAGAUAGGGACAGGUACUAUGACCGCGAGUACCGGGACUUCCGCGAGCUGGCGGAUCGCCAGCCCACAAAGUUCCGGCACAGCUAUGCGGAGCCCAUCCCACGCGGACGACUCGGGACAGUCCGGCCCUACUGAUAUGCCAUAGUACAUCUAGUGAUGUACCUCACGAUGACGAACAGACAGAUGUCUCGACUGCGGAGCUCGGUACAGACGUGGCUAGUGUGUGCAGUACAGAUCACAAUAUUGCACGUGUUACAACUGAGUUCAGUUUUGCCAUAAAGUGUAAUCAAAGCUGAGUUGAUGUUUUUUGGAGUCAAUGAUUUUUUAUUACGUAUGUUCUAUAUUUUAUUUUGUACCAAUUUAAAAAUUAACAAACCUCUUUUAUUAUCAUAUUAUGCUAAUAUAAGACGGUGCAUAUAAUAGUCAACUUAAUUUCGAUGUUUAACGAGUAAAUACGUAUGAAUUAUGAACAUUUCAUACUGUUUCAAUUACAACUAUUCGUAUUUAACGUCCUAUUGCUAAUUUUCAAUGCAAUAUCCUUGCAAUAAUUUGGU